UGACGUUGCCUGAAAAAUACGUUAUCUAGCAUCACAUUGGUUGGCUGGCAGGCAGUCUGGAAGGAACAGUGAAAUUGGAGCAAGGUAGCAACAUCAUCUUUGAGGAAAAUACGGUUUCACAGGUGUGGCGGAACCAACUCAAACAAGCAGCGACCCAAACAAGCCCAUAAUGUCAGAACCGGACCCGAAAUCUGUUCAAGAUAUGACCGCUGUGGUCCAGACCCUACUUCAGCAAAUGCAGGACAAGUUUCAGACCAUGUCAGACCAGAUAAUUGGCAGGAUCGAUGAAAUGAGCACCCGCAUCGACGACCUGGAGAAGAACAUUGCUGACCUCAUGACCCAGGCGGGGGUGGAGGAGGGCGAAGGUGGGGAAACCAAGCCCACAGAAGGUUCCGCUCAGGGGUCGGAGUAAAGGUGAGAGCCAAAGGAUACUCAGUACUGCAUCGAUGAAGACAUUUUAGAGAAGUUGAGAUUCUUUUUUUUAUUCUUAUUCAAGGAUGCUCAAGGAUUUUUUUUUUUUUCCCUUUCUGUCAUCAUUGUGAUUUAAUUAUGACUUACUGUGUAUAAGGUCUUUUAUACAGUAUCAUGUUAUUCUAACUAUAAAUAUUGUGGGAAAUUGUGGUCAAAUAUAUAAUUUAUGUUUGUUAACCUUAAACGUGUACAGUAAGUCAUCAGACACGAAUACCAGUUACACCUGCCAAAUAGACAUGGCGACCCCAAACAAGAGAUGCAAAGUUCUUUUCCUACGUCACGUUUUCUACGACAUUUUAAGUUUUUGAGACUUUCAGAUGUAUUUGCCCCGUUUUUCUAGGCUCCACCUUCUCAUUCGUUCAGUCGCUCAUCACAGAUGCAGGUUGUAUGUGAGGUAACGCGUCACAAUCAUCAGAAUUCAUCUUAAGAAACGAGGACUGAGUUUCGCUGAAAUAUUGUAUAUAAGUACUGUGGCCAUUGUAAUCAAGGAGAAAAAUAUUUUUUAAAAUGGUGACAACAGUUGUGGUACCAAUUUAUUUAUUUUACUCUGCAAACACAAAAAAGAUGACCGGUCUUAUUUUGAAUUAAUUAAUUUAACCCAGUAAGCUAACAUAAAUAACACCACACAGUACAUACUACUUGUAGUCACUGGUUUAAAAUGGGCGCCCUUAACAGUGGUCAUAGUACAGCACGUUUGGGGAAACCCAGUCCAGCUUUUAUCAUAGUUCAGACUCAAUCUGAACUCAUCCCUGUUCGUUUGCACUGAUGAGCACAGGUUGGGGUUUAAAGGGGGUGUUCAGAGGGUAUAGUACAAAAUGAGAUGAGGGGUAUGUUGAUCCUAAUGCAUGGGGUGUGUGUGCUCAGAUUUGCCAAGCAGAGGCAACAGUUUGUGGCAACUGCCUUGUUGCUUGCCAUAUUACAGUUUAAAGAACUCUACUGAUAAUUUGUACCCCAAAACAUUCAAAUGUAAAGAUCAAAGAAAGAAAAAAGGAACAUUUUCCACUAUUUGGGAAAAUUAAGCACACUUUGGGCUUUAGGCUCAGUAUACCAUUAGUCUUCCUUUGUAGUAUACCCCAGGUGGGGUGGGAAAGGUUGGGGUAUAGGGGGUUAAACUGCAAAUAAAUUUGGUGCUACGCCCUUACACACAGGGCUCUUGGGGCGCAUAAAAAAGUAUAAAAAGUGCACUGCAACCUUUAAUGCUGGGGUGCGCUGCUGCUGAAGAGUCACUAUGAUCGAGUGUGCACCAAUGUUGCACUGAACUGCAGUGAAGAUUACAUGUUUAUUUAUUUUAAUUUGAUUAUAUUUGAUUUAUUAGAGAUGCUGUUUGUUACUGUGUAUUUUUUUUUGUUUUUGUUUUUUGGGGUGGGGGGGGGGGGGGGUGAUUCUUUAUCAUUAAUAAGAUACCGACAUAUAUGCUUCUUGACUUGUAACACAUUUGUCUUGAACUCAAUUGGACACAGUAAAUAUAAGUUUUUGCUCAAAACUGUGUUGUGUGGUGGUGUACCAUUGCUAAAAAAAAAAUAAACGAUUUGCUAUUUCA